AUGUCAGAAAUAGCAAAGGAAUUUAAUGAGGCUGUUCAAUCUGUUCUUCACUAUGAUGAAGACACACAAACUAUCAGUGGAAAAGUGUGUAUUAUUUGUGACAAAUUACUAAAGCGCAAGGAUGUAAGGAAAAUUGGACUUAAUACUCUAGUAAAAUACAGUAAAUAUUUCCAUGGGGACAGUGAAUUGCCUAUAAGUCUUCGAAACUGUUAUAAGUUCACCGACCCGGAUGACAGACCAGGAGUCAAUUCAGAACUGUCUCAGUGUCUUCUGUCACCCAGAAGUAAGAUUGUAUACAAUGGCAACAGUGCUAAUAGGAAACGAAAGCGGUAUCCAUAUAUGCUUUGUUGUGGAGACUGCCGAUCAGGUCUCAGCAUCAAAAAGCUAAAGAAUGGAGAGCUACCUCGUUUUGCCAUAGCAAAUGGCAUGACAAUUGGAACAGCUCCACACUGUUUAAAACGACUCAAUGAGAUUGAACUUGCCCUGUUGUCACAAGCACGGUUCAGAGGACACCUGUUUGCCCUGUGGGGUGGGUCCCAUCGCAGCAUCAAGGGAUGGCACAGCUUCUAUCAAGUGGAUCCUGGGCACACAACGGCAGUACUGCAGGCUGUAAGGCAGCUCACGGAUUCUAACAAUAUUGCAGUUGUACUUUCAGGUCCAUUCACUUCAGACCAAAAAGAAAGGGUACUACAGAAAAUGCAAGUAAAUGUUGAGUGGGUGGAAGAGGCAUUUUUGUGGCUCAAAGAGAACAAUCGACUAUACAAGCAUUUGGAGAUGCCAACAGUGAGCGAACCCACUCUUAUUGACAACUCCCACAGUGUGGAGUCAGAAAACUCAGACAUUGAAAUCAAGGAGGAGAUUAAGGUGAUCUUCCCUGAUGCAACAAUUCGAACUGCUGGCUGCUCCGAUGGGGCUGAGUUUGACAAAGCUAUUGCUGAAAUAAGAUCCAAGUGUGCUGGAGUAUUGCCUUAUCUGACAUCACGGCCUUCGUCCAAGUUGCUGAGAGACUAUGAAGAUGAAAAUCUGAUGCGUGCAUACCCUUUGCAGUUUCCCUAUGGAUUUGGGUAUCAUGAAGACUUCAACAUCAAAGCCUCACAGAAUGGGUAUCUGAGCCAUCUCCUGUCCUUGUCCACCCCAACAAUGCAUCAAGCAUGCUUUGUUUUAGCAGUGCACAACAUGUUUGAGAGAUGCAAAGCUCUGAACGGAGCAGUAUGGCGAGUAAUGGGUGGCAGGGAAAAAUGUGAUGUGAGCGAGGAGGAGUUGAAUGCAGCCAUUGCCAGUAAGCUAAAUGGACUUCCCCCUGAUAAUGGUCCAGGUAGCCAUUUUCUAGAAUCUGUCCAUUGUGUAAAAAGAAAUAUGGCACACACCAAUGCAGCAGCAUCGUCAGCUCAAGCAAAAUUUUUAACAUUAACUCACCAUUAUGGCUGCCCCAAAGUUCUUUUCACUGUAUCUUUUGAUGGCUCAUUGGACAUAAGGAUUUUAGCUUGGUCCCAGGAAGAGGACACUUUGAAUUGGAUCGCCUCCAUGGACCAUAUGUCACCAGAAGAGGUGGCAACUGAAAUGGACAAAUGUAAUGCCAUUCGAUUUAAAUAUCCUGGUUUGUGUGCUUGGAACUUUGACGAGCUCAUUGAUAUUGUUCUGGACAAAAUAGUGGGUGACAAUUCACUGAAGAUGGGGCUGUUUGGAACUCUCAUUGCUUAUGGACUUGCAGUUGAAGAACAGGGCAGAAAUACCCUGCAUGGACAUAUUUUGGUGUAUACCGCAGAAUGGAACAAUAUUCUCAUAGCUUUGAACUCCUCCAGUCAACGAGUUAGAAAGGCAGCUGAAAAGGAAGUUCUCUUAUUUGUGGAUCAUGUGAUCUCAACAGAAUUGGUACCAAAUGCACCAUGGCAAGGAGACUAUUGCCCCACAUGCAACAAUAGCCUGCUUACUUAUGUGGAUGAACAGAAAUUGAGAAACCUGAGACACAAGGUCGGCUGCCAGGUGGAAAAGGGAAUUAUUGCCUCCUGCCCCCUUUGCAAAGCUAUGAAGCGAGUCUUACCAAAAGAACUCUGGAGUGUGGCAGAAGCAGAAAGGAAAGCACAGGUGGCUUUGGGUGUUCUCAGGAACACAACUCCAACUGCAGCAUCCGUUUCUUCUGAAGAGACCGUUGCUAUCAAUAACUACAAGUACAACCACCACCUUAGCAAACACACAAAGACCUGUUUCAAGAAGGGUGAUGAAGGCCGAUGCAAUCUUCCUGAUCUUCCAGAACCACUCUCCAAUAUUGUGUACAGUAAAGUUGAGUAUGACACUUUCAAUUGGAGGGGUGCAAACCAAAGUCAGCAUAACAUCACUAUCAGGCCAAGACGCCUUUUGCAAGAUGCUUCUACUAACUCUUACUGCAUCCCAAUUUCCACUUGUAAGUGUCCAGCCAACUCCAACGUGCAAGUGACUACUGGUGCAAGAUCUGCAAUCUACUGCACUUGCUAUGCGGCAAAGGGCACCCAAAAAGAAGAUACUGGAGAACUUAAGAAAAUGGGUUCUUAUGUGGCUCACAGAUUUCUGGAAGAACAUAAAGAGAAUACACUAUUUGAGGGAUUGUCUCGUUUAAUGGGUACAGUUAUUGUGGCAACAAGUGAACAUGUAGUAGCUGCUCCUAUGGCUGCCUACCUGGUUAGAAACCAUUCGAGAUUCAAGUGGUCACACAGCUUCAAGUAUAUUCCAAUUAGGGAAAUUGUCGACCUUCUCAUCCAAAGAACCUCUGUGGAAACAAUGAGAAUGUCAGUUAUGGAUCAUGAGAAAGGCUGUUUCUUAACCAGUGAAGCUUUGCAUUAUCUGCAACGUCCCAAGAAAAAGUUUGAGACUUAUUGCCUUGUCGAUUUUUUCCAGGAGUAUGAACUUGUCAGAACGGAUAAGCCAAAUGAAACUGAUGAAGCUGAUGGAACGUUCACAAUUGAUGAUACAGAACAUCCUGGCUAUAAGAAACAAAUUAUAAAGGAGAGAAAAGAGCCUGUUCUAGCUCAGUUCUCCCAUUGGGCCUUUCCUGAUGCAGCCUCGUUUGGAGGUGACAUUUUGGAAAUGAACCAGUAUCCUGUGCCUACCAGUGUAGAGAACUACUGCCGCACUAUACUGGUGCUGUACCAUCCAUUCAGGACUCUACAGGAUCUCACCAUUGAUGGUUCUUUUCAUAAGAUGUUUACAAGAUUGUACCACGAUGGAGUCCCCGAUCACAUAAGGGAGCUUUUAUCUAAUGUACAAAUGUUUUACAACAGUGUGCGCAUGCCAGCAAAGGAGGACCCUCUGAAACACUGUACAGAACAAUUUGAGGCGCCAAAUUCAAAUCACCCAGUAUCUGAAGACGAGGAAGAAGACGAUGACAAUUUUUUUGAUGGUGUCUUCAAUCUGAUGUCACCUCAACCUACAACAACGACAACAUCAAAUGAUUUACAGAUGAAAGUGUCACUUAACAACUUACGGAGGGCUGGAGGCAGGGGAUGUGGAUUUAAUAACUUGCCUCAAACUGAUGAGUGCACUUCGUUUUUAAGAGAUUCCCAGAGACCAACCAGACAUUCUACAAGUGGUAUUCCCAGCCAAUUCAUCUCGUCUGUAACAUCAUGUGGUAAUCACACUUCAAGCUACAAUCAAUCCAAUGGUCUUACACUACGUGACAAACCUACCCCAUACCAGCUUAUGGAGCUUACCUACCGCAAUACAAGAAGAAGACUGACUGAGCAGGAAGAAGAAUCUAGAUUACCUGAGAACUCUGUGGAAGCAAAUGGCACAUGCUUAUCCAUUAUCCAAUGGUCCCUCCGACCUGACAUUAGCUUAGACAAAGAACAACAGCUUGCUUUUCAGAUAGUCACAGCAGCAUUCAUACUUACGUACUAUCAAGAUGCAGAAACCCUUGAUCCCUCUGUUUAUAUGACAUGCUCCAAUAAUCCAAGCCAAAUUAGACGCGACUUCAAAGAAGAGAAGGGUAAACUUCAAAGAAUGUCCAGGGUACGGCAUAAUCAGCUAAUAAUGUUUCUUGAUGGGGCAGGAGGAGCUGGCAAGAGUCGGGUGGUUCAAGAGCUUUUGAAGUAUGCCCAAGAAUUCACCACUAGAUUGGGUUUAAGAUUUGACAUGCGCACCAUUGUUGUCAGUGCUAUGUCAGGAGUUGCAGCUGUUUCCAUAGGAGGGGAGACAACUCAUUCUGUAGCUGCUUUUUACAGAAACAUAGAUGAGCAGGACACUUCUUGGACCAAUGCUCGAUUGCUGAUUAUUGAUGAAGUUUCUUUUAUGUCUACCUCUGAGGUGGACCUUCUAGAUGAAAAGAAGCUUAGAUGUCUUAUGAGGAAGUACAACAGUCUUUACGGUGGAAUUCACAUUCUCUUUUGUGGAGACUUUAGGUAA